GGGCCGCUUGGGCUGGGGUGGGGGUGGGGCGGGCCCGGCGGAGGCGGGGUCGCCCCCGCCCCGCCCCCGGCCGUUUCGGAAACGCGGCCCGGAUAACGCCCGCGGGAAGACGCGGCGGGCAGGCAGUUCCGCUCCGAGGGCGGAAGUGCGUGCCCAGGUUUCGGCCGCUGACCAGACAGCAACAUGGUGGCACCCAUGCUGGAGACGUCUCAUGUGUUUUGCUGCCCGAACCGGGUGCGUGGUGCCCUGAGCUGGAGCCCCGGGCCCGGAGGGCUUCUGGCCUUCGGCACGUCCUGUUCCGUGGUGCUCUAUGACCCUCAGAAAAGGGUUGUUAUCACCAACCUGAAUGGUCAUACUGCUCGAGUCAAUUGCUUACAGUGGAUUUGUAAACAGGAUGGUUCUCCUUCAACUGAAUUAGUUUCUGGAGGAUCUGAUAAUCAAGUGAUUCACUGGGAAAUAGAGAAUAAUCAGCUUUUACAAGCAGUCCACGUCUCGGGCCAUGAAGGACCUGUUUAUGCAGUGCAUGCUGUUUACCAGAGGAGGGCACCAGACGUUGCAUUGCAUACACUGAUAGUGUCCGCAGCUUCCGAUUCUACUGUUCGAGUCUGGUCUAAACAGGGUUCUGAAGUGACAUGCCUUCAGACCUUGAACUUUGGAAAUGGAUUCGCUCUGGCUCUCUGCUUGUCUUUUUUGCCUAAUAUUGAUGAUGCCUGGAGGACAGAGCUGGUGGGCAGAGACUGGGCCUGGAAACCUCCAGGCUGUUUUGCCCUCUGCAGCAGGAGCUGCAACUCCGUGGUCUCACGUGAUGUUCCACUUUCUGCCAGGGCUUCCCGGGAGGAGGAACUUGCACACAUUCUGUUCUGGUUUUUGUUACAUAGAAUUUCAUUUCUUCGCAUCUGUUUUCUCCCAGUGCCGGUAUUAGCAUGUGGUGAUGAUGACUGCAAAAUUCACUUAUUUGUUCAACAAAACAAUCAGUUUCAGAAAAUGCUUUUUCUCUCUGGACAUGAGGAUUGGAUAAGAGGCGUGGAAUGGGCAGCCUUUGGAAGAGAUCUUUUCCUAGCAAGCUGUUCACAAGAUUGCCUGAUACGGAUAUGGAGACUGUAUGUAAAAUCAACAUCUUUAGAGACUCAGGAAGAUGAUAAUAUAAAACUGAAAGAAAAUACUUUUACUGUAGAAAAUGGAAGUAUUAAAAUAACAUUUGCGGUUACUCUGGAGACUGUACUGGCUGGUCAUGAAAACUGGGUAAACGCAGUUCAUUGGCAGCCUUCAUUUUACAAAGAUGGUAUCCUACAACAGCCAAUGAGAUUGUUGUCUGCCUCAAUGGAUAAAACCAUGAUUCUCUGGGCUCCAGAUGAAGAGUCAGGAGUUUGGCUAGAACAGGUUCGAGUAGGAGAAGUAGGUGGCAAUACCCUGGGAUUUUAUGAUUGCCAGUUCAAUGAAGAUGGCUCCAUGAUCAUCGCUCAUGCUUUCCACGGAGCGUUGCACCUUUGGAAACAGAAUGCUACCAACCCAAAAGAGUGGACUCCAGAGAUUGUUAUUUCAGGACACUUUGAUGGUGUCCAAGACCUAACGUGGGAUCCAGAAGGAGAAUUUAUCAUCACUGUUGGUACUGACCAGACAACUCGACUUUUUGCUCCUUGGAAGAGAAAAGACCAGUCACAGGUGACUUGGCAUGAAAUUGCAAGGCCUCAGAUACAUGGAUAUGAUCUUAAAUGUUUGGCAAUGAUCAAUAGGUUUCAGUUUGUGUCUGGAGCAGAUGAAAAAGUUCUUCGAGUAUUUUCUGCACCUCGGAAUUUUGUGGAAAAUUUUUGUGCCAUUACGGGUCAGUCAAUGAAUCACGUGCUUUGUAAUCAAGACGGUGAUCUUCCAGAAGGAGCUACUGUCCCUGCUUUGGGAUUAUCCAAUAAAGCUGUCUUUCAGGGAGAUAUGGCUUCUCAGCAUUCUGAUGAAGAGGAGCUGUUCAACAGUGCUGGUUUCGAGUAUCACCAGGUGGCCUUCCAACCCUCCUUACUUACUGAACCUCCCACUGAGGACCAUCUGCUGCAAAACACUUUGUGGCCUGAAGUUCAAAAACUAUACGGACAUGGCUAUGAAAUAUUUUGUGUUGCUUGUAGCAAUUCAAAGACUCUGCUUGCCUCAGCUUGUAAGGCAGCCAAGAAAGAGCAUGCCGCUAUCAUUCUCUGGAACACUGCAUCUUGGAAGCAGGUGCAAAAUUUAAUCUUCCACAGUUUGACUGUCACACAGAUGGCCUUCUCUCCUGACGACAAGUUCUUACUAGCUGUUUCCAGAGAUCGGACCUGGUCACUGUGGAAGAGGCAGGACACAAUCCCGCCUGAGUUAGACCCCGUCUUCAGCCUGUUUGCCUUCACUAACAAAGUCACUGCUGUGCACAGCAGGAUUAUUUGGUCUUGUGAUUGGAGUCCUGAUGGCAAGUAUUUCUUCACUGGAAGUCGGGACAGAAAGGUGGUUGUCUGGGGUGAGUGCGAUUCCAGCGAUGACGCCGUCGAGCACAGCAUCGGGCCCUGCUCCUCAGUCCUGGACGUGGGUGGAGCUGUGACUGCCGUCAGCGUCUGCCCGGUGCUUAACUUUUCCCAACGAUAUGUGGUUGCAGUAGGACUAGAGUGUGGAAAGAUUUGCUUAUACUCCUGGAAAAAGACCGAUCAAGUUCCAGAAAUAAACGACUGGAUCCGCUGUGUAGAAACAAGUCAAAGCCAAAGUCAUACGCUUGCUAUCAAAAAAUUAUGCUGGAAGAAUUGUAAUGGAAAGACUGAACAGAAUGAAGGAGAAGGUGCUGAAUGGUUACAGUUUGCAAGCUGUGGUGAAGAUCACACUGUGAAGAUACACAGAGUCAACAGAUGUGCGCUGUAGUGGACCUAGUGACCACAAGCAUACACCCAUCAGUGUCUGCAGAGUAUUUAUCAUGUAAAUGGAUAACCUUUCUUUACCUCGUUCUUGCAUCGAGUUUCGUUUUUAAGCCUUAUGGCAGUAGUCCUUAUAUGAGUCUCAGACCCUCUGAAAUAUGAUGGAAGCUACAGACUCUUUUCUCAAAAUGUUUAUAUAUGCACAUACUCUCAGAACCUCGUCCAUGCUUUCAGGGAUUCAGACCUGCAUCUGUGUGUUUCUGAUUGAGAGCUUCUGCCCCUCCUUUCUUCAUGACCAAAUUUGCCUAAUUUUGUGUCAUUUUCAUCUUCUGUUUUCAUACGCUGCUGUUUGGGACAUUUUAUUAUUUACUGCCCUCUUCCGAGGGAGGACCUAAAAAAUAAAGAGAUAAAACCCA